CCAUCACUCCUCAAAAAACAUAACCUAAACCAACCAAAUUCAUUUUCAUUUCAUAUACCCAAACCCCGUUCAAUCAGCACUUGGUCCCUGGAUAUUUCUACGCGCUUCUAACUAAACAAGACGGAUCUUCGCGGGUUCUCGAACCAGAUCCUAUUUUAAACUUGGCAUUGGUCGCUAACGGGCAGACGGGGCAAAAACGGGGCUCGUCUGGCUUAUCAGAACCAUCAAUCUGUCGUCAUCGAUCGAAAAAGUCCCCAAGCGUCCCUCUCGAGAAGCCCAUUUUUUUGAGCCCCGGAUUCUACGAGCACUAUUACCAAAUUUAUUCUUCUCGUCUCUAGUGUGGUCUUCUUCGAGUUUUUUUCUCUCCAAAAUGUCUUGGGAACUUACCAGACGCCGCUUCUCGAGAGCAGUAAAUAGUAAAUUUAUUCUUGAUCGCAUUCCGCUUCUUCAUGCUGUCAUCUUCUUCAUCGAGAUGGCUAUCAUGGCGCGCUUGAUGUCGCGUUUUAACGCCUAUUAUGAUGAGCGGCCAGUUCUUACAAUGAUGGUGACGAAUGCCGUCCUUGGAGGUAUUGCUGAUACCGUAGCGCAAACGAUUACCUCCGUCCGAGAACGAGCACUUCGAAAGCCCGGCGGCAUUACAAAAAAUGAUUCGAUGGCGAUCGAGAUUCAUGAGCUAGAUCGCAAGAAUCCCUGGAGCGACCGAGAGCUGAUCCCGGACUCUAAGGAUCUACCACCUCCCUUUGACUUCGAGCGACUAACGAGAUUCAUGGCAUAUGGUUUCGUCAUGGCUCCUUUGCAAUAUAAGUGGUUCAGCUUCCUUUCGCGGGCGUUCCCUAUAACGAAGACGAGCGCAUUUGCUCCAGCGAUGAAGCGGGUGAUUCUUGAUCAGCUGAUCUUUGCACCGUUUGGUAUCGCUUGUUUCUUUACCACCAUGACCCUGGCGGAGGGUGGUGGCCGUAGGGAGGUCGCUCAAAAGCUUAGGGAUAUGUAUAUUCCUACCUUGAAGGCAAACUACAUGGUCUGGCCUGCCGUACAGGUCAUCAAUUUCAGGUUGAUGCCAGUGCAGUUCCAGUUGCCUUUCGUCUCCACGGUUGGCAUUGCCUGGACUGCAUAUCUCUCUUUGACGAAUGCCUCGGAAGACGUUGAACAAAAGGCGGCUCCUCAUUCUUCUAACAUUCGUCUUCAGUGAUAUAUCGGUCCGUAUAGAAAAGAUUACUAGACUCUUUACUAUAUCUCAGCUUCUUUGAAACAAUAAGUCGGCAGGC